AUGGUGUCCGAAUACUGCCCCGUCUACGCGCCUUUCUUCGGUGCCAUGGGCUGCACCUGCGCCAUCGUCUUCACCUGCCUGGGUGCCUCUUAUGGUACUGCCAAGUCUGGUGUCGGCAUCGCCGCCAUGGGUGUCCUCCGCCCUGACCUUAUCGUGAAGAACAUUGUUCCCGUCAUUAUGGCUGGUAUCAUUGGUAUUUACGGUCUCGUCGUCUCUGUCCUUAUCUCCGAUGGUCUCAAGCAGGACCUCCCUCUGUACACCGGUUUCAUUCAGUUCGGUGCCGGUCUCUCCGUCGGUCUUGCUGGUCUCGCUGCUGGUUUCGCUAUUGGUAUUGUCGGUGAUGCUGGUGUACGAGGAACUGCUCAGCAACCCCGUCUCUUCGUCGGAAUGAUUCUGAUUCUCAUUUUCGCCGAAGUCUUGGGUCUUUACGGUCUCAUUGUUGCGCUGCUCAUGAACUCCAAGGCUACCCUCAACGCCACCUGCGGUUAA